CCCCGCACUGUGGCAGGGAAGGUCACCGGCUCCCAUGGCUCCCGGGCUGCCGCUGUGAGAGGCCGCGUCAUGGGGCUGUGGAGAGCAGCGAGGCUGGGGAUGGGCCUCCGGGCCUUGGGCACCUGCCGCCGGAGCUGCUCCGCCGCCGGCUCUGCCCCGGAGCUUUACGACGUGAUCAUUUCAGGAGGAGGGAUGGUGGGCACCGCCAUGGCCUGCGCUCUGGCGCAAGACCACAAUUUAGCUGGAAAAAGGAUCUUACUGCUGGAGACUGGAAAUAAGAAAACUGUCACACAACUGCCCAAAACAUACAGCAACAGAGUGAGUGCGCUCACUCCAGGCUCUCUGCUCCUCUUGAACAGUGUUGGCGCCUGGGAUCAUAUCAGCAGCAUGAGAUAUAAGCCAUUUAAAAGAAUGCAGGUCUGGGAUGAUUGCUCAGAUGCCCUGAUCACGUUUGACAAGGGCGACCUAAUGGAGGACAUGGGUUUUGUGGUGGAGAAUGAUGUGGUUCUGUCAGCUUUAUCCAAACAAUUGGAGGCGGCUGCUGACAGGGUGGAGGUAUUGUACAGGAGUCGUGUGGUGAAGUAUACCUGGCCAGAGGCUUACCAGUCUCCUGAGGCCAAUCCCUGGGUACAAGUGGCGCUGGAUGAUGGGAAGACACUGCAGACUAAGCUGCUGAUCGGGGCGGAUGGGCAGAAGUCUACCGUGCGAGAGUCUGCCGGCAUUCAGACAGUGCGGUGGCAGUACGACCAGUCUGCUGUGGUCGCUACCCUUCAUCUCGCUGAGCCCACAGACAAUAACGUAGCCUGGCAGCGCUUCCUUGUGACUGGACCUAUUGCGAUGCUUCCGCUCUCGGAUACCCUCAGCUCCUUGGUGUGGUCCACCUCGCACCAGCACGCCUCCGACCUGGUCAGCAUGGACCAGGAGACAUUUGUGGAUUCCAUCAAUUCAGCUUUUUGGAGCAAUGAGAAUCACUCUGAGUUGGUGGACACUGCCAGUUCCAUGUUCCGGAGCGCCCUCUCUUUCCUCAACCCGACCGGGACCUCGGUCAGACAGCUGCCCCCGAGCGUGGCUCACAUCGACCCCCAGAGCAGAGCCAUGUUCCCGCUCGGGCUGGGCCACGCCACCAAGUAUGUCGGGCAUCGAGUCGCACUCAUUGGUGAUGCUGCGCACAGAGUUCACCCUCUGGCAGGGCAGGGAGUGAACCUGGGUUUCGGUGACGUAGCCAGUCUCUCGCAGCACCUCAGCGAGGCUGCUUUCAGUGGCAAAGAUCUAGGCUCCACAACAUACCUCAAUGCUUUUGAAACUGAGCGUCAGAGACACAACAUACCCAUCAUGGCUGCCAUAGUGCUGAAGAGGUUGUACUCAACCAAAAGCCCACCGUUGGUGCUGCUCAGGAGUCUCGGCCUACAGGCGACAAAUGCUCUCCCACCUAUUAAGGAACAAAUUAUGACAUUUGCAAGUAAGUGAAUUGAAUCGAACUACUUCGACAGUACAUUAGGAUUCCACUGCACACGUCACCACCGACCAGAUAAGAGUGCCACACAGUCGGUCUGCUCUCACAAAGGUCUGAGUUAGGUAGGGUCUGGCUUUCUAUGAAAGAUCUGCUCGGUAAACUGUUUGUCAAUUUAUUUAAGAAAAUACAAACAAAAGUAAAGUUUUUAAAUGAUCUGUAACCUCACUACUGUUUGUUGUGCUGGAUAUUUGAGUCCAUUUAAACGAGUUCUUCAGCAAUCGUGAACUCCACACUGAAAGUGCCUCAAGGCUGCAGUUCUGAGAUGUGAUGUUGAAUUCACACUGCAUCUGUCUUCCUCUUGUACAUGAUUACACUCGCUGUUUGCUUCAGCUGUUAUGUCCCCUGAAUCCUAGCAAUGAACUGGUUUAGCCAAAAACAAAACCCUUAUUUUUCAGGGCGAUUCAGCAAGUUUCAGUGCUGAUUCCUUCUAGUUUUUUUAAUCUAGAAACUCGUAUGAACAAGGAAACUGGUAAUUUGUAUAAAAUUUUGGUAAAUGUAUUAAAAUUGAAUUAUACAGAUGUAUAUGGACACUUCAAUUGUGGAUGAUUGUAAUACGUAUUAAAAUGGGUCAAAGCACUUCA